UUUCAUGCCUUUAAUAAGCCGCAAUCGUCUAAUGCUCGUUGUAUAUUUUUCUUCCUGGUAUUUACUGGAUCAGAAUUCUUUAAAUUAAUUUGCCAUAAUUGCAGCAUAUCUUUGCCUUAUCAGUAUAAAGUAUUUUCCAAAAUAAUCAUUGACCACUGACAAUAAAUUUUUAAGUAUAGCUAACGAGGAUACUUGUGCAUGUCGACUCGUCCAAGAAGUCAAGAAAGUAUUUGAAUAAAAAAUGGCUAAGACCAAAAGUACCAUUAGUUGACUCUGUGAAAACAAAGACAUCAAUUUUCUUUUUUUUUAUUUAAACAAACCCCUUUUUUUUUCUUUAUUUUUGAUAGAAAAAAAAAAAAAAUAUUGCCACUAGGCCACCAACAUUGUCACUGGGUCGUUGGGAGAAGAUAAACGCGCAUACUCGUUGCUAAAUAAUCGUAGUGAUCAGCAGCCUUUGGAUCCAUACCACGGUUAGACGUCCGUGAGGUUUAAAUAAAAAAAAUUAUCUGAAAGCUGAAGAUGAUUUCGAUUGGAAUUUCUUAUCUUUGCAUCGUUGGGGUGAUUUUCUCAGCGAGGAUAACUCUCCAGGCCUCGACACCAGCUUCACCUUUCUAUAUCGGUGCAGCAGUUGAAUAUCAUCCCGUUACAACUGGGGGAAAUGGUACCUUUAUUGCAAAUAAAAAUGCGCAGAAUUACGUUAAAUUUUUAAAGACAGCAAGUGAAAAAGAUGUUGAUAUUAUUGUUUUUCCUGAAAAUGGUUUGACAAGUGGUGAACCAGAUCCACCGGGUGGUGCUGCUGGUUUAAUAGCCAAAAGUUCAUAUAUUCCAGAUCCAAGAGAAUCAAAAGUACCAUGUCACGAUGCUUCAUCAACUGUCAUGCAGGCGGUGAAGGACAUAUCAUGUGCAGCUCAUCGAUAUGGUCUUUAUGUUGUGAUAAAUAUUAUUGAAAAAGUAAAAUGUACUGGUGAACGUUGUGGUGCAAAUAAAGAUACUCAUGAUUUUUAUAAUACAAAUAUUGUAUUUGAUCGUGCUGGUACAAUAAUAGCACGUUAUCGUAAAUAUAAUUUAUUUGAUGAAAAAUUUAUGAAUAAAACAUCAAGACCAGAGUUAUCAAUAUUUAAAACUGAUUUUAAUGUAACAUUUGGUCAAUUUAUAUGCUUUGAUAUAUUAUAUGAAACACCAGCAUUACAAUUAUUACGUGAAAAAAAAAUAACAGAUAUAAUAUAUUCAAGUCAUUGGUUUUCUGAAUUACCAUUUUUAACAUCAAGCCAAAUACAAACAUCAUGGUCAUUUGCAAAUAAUGUUAAUUUUUUGUCAUCUGGUUUAAAUUCACCAUCAAGUGGUUCUGGUGGUUCUGGUAUUUAUGCUGGUAAAGAGGGUCUUCUUGGUCGUGUAUGGUCAGAAAAACGUACAAAUGCAAUUGUUAUAUCUAAAAUAUCAAAAGUUGUUAAUUCACGUAGAUCACAACCAUCAAAUCCAAUUGAUACAUCAACAAUACAUUAUUCACAAAAUGAAAUAACAACAAUUAAUGGUACUGAACCAGUAACACAACAAAAAUUAUUAAAAGAUGAUUUAGCACCAUAUAAAACAAGUGUAUUUAAACCAAAUAAUGGUACACAAAAUUUAUUACUAUGUGAUGAUGAUUUUUGUUGUAAUUUUACAACUAAAACAAGUCAUAAUGAUGCUCUUAUCAAAGAUGCAAAUGCUAAAUAUUACAGAUAUCGAUUUGCUGUUUUCAAAGGUGUACGUGGAUAUGGUAAAAAAGCAACAGCAGGUGUUGAAGUAUGUGGUUUAAUUGCAUGUACAAAUGAUAAUCAAAAUAGUUGCAAUGAACGUUUUGAUAUUAAUACAAUUGUCAUUCAACCAACAAUAUUUAAUUCAAUUAAAAUAACUGGUAAUUUUACAAUUGGAUUAAAUAUCCUACGUCUUCCUGUAAGUUUGACAAAUGAUCUUCAACCAUUAAACACACCAGAUUAUUCAUUUAUCUAUGGACAUAUUAAUAAAACACAUGCAAGUUUAAAAUACACAUUGACAAAACCACAUGGUGAUUUAAUGACAUUUGCUAUUUACGGUAGAAAUUUUACAGCUGAUGGACAACCAAAAACAUCAACAUCAACAAUAGCUCAAUCAUCAUUUUAUUUGAUGGCUAUUAUUGCCAUUGGCGGUUUAUUUAUCAAUCAUAACUACGUGUGAAUAAAUUGAGCUUAAAAAACAAGAAUCAAAAUAUUAAUAAUAUUAAUGAAUAAAUUUGAAUAACAAAUAGAUAAUCAGUAAAAUAUUUACUGUAUCAGUUGUCAUUAAAAUGAUAAUUAAAAGCUGCUUUGGGUUGUCCAUCACGUUUCAAGUUGCAUUGACUCACAUUUCUUUAAACAAUAUAAUUGUCACAAGUAUAUUAUUAAAAGAUUUAAAAAACUGAUCACUUGACCCAUUAAUAAUAAUAAAAAAUAAAUGGCAUUAUGCUUAUUCACUUCAAGUAGAAAAAAACCACACACACACUUAAUUAUAUAUAACAAUGCCAAAUAAAAAUAUAUAGAGUUCAAAUAACGCUUUAUUCUAGAUCCAAGUGAACUCAUGAUGCUCAUAGAAAAGUAAAAAUAAAAUAGAAAAAUUAUUUUUAAAUUUCUUUGUAAAAUUCUAGAUGUUUAUACCUACAAAAAGGUAAUAAAAAAAAAAAAUUAUUAGAUGAUAUAUAAAAAAUAUAAAAGAAAAAAAAGAAA